AUGUCUUUCUGGGUUUGCUUGGUAGUAUCGAGCCUUCUCGAUCACCAGGGCCGCAUGCCUCCAGCCCCCGAACCUCGGCGCCGCGAUCACUCCACAUCUGGCGCCAAACGCAACGCCAACGGAUCUCCGAUGACUGACCUCGAUUCGAUUGAUGAAGAUAACGCCAAUGCCAUCAAAAGACAACGCAAUACCGUCGCAGCUCGAAGAUAUCGUCAGAAAGGCCGUGAUCGCAUAGCGGAGCUAGAAACUGCUCUUAAAAGUGUCGAGGAGGAGCGUGACAAACUGAAGCUGCAACUCGCGAGGAAGGAGGCCGAGGUUGACGCUUUGAGGGAAAUAAUGAAGAAGUAG